AUGGAGCGCAUCAAAGACCUAACCGAGGGUAUCGAGAACAGCGAUAUUCAAGCCCUGGUCAAAGCCAUCAACGACGACCCAUCCAUCAGUAUUCUGUUGCACCUCGCAUCCGCUCUCGGUGAAGCAUCUGUGCGAAACCCCUCGAAGAUCGACCAGUACCUGGUGCUUAUCUCCAAGCUAUGCGACUCCCCCGAUGUUUCAGAAAUCAGCUACGAAGAAGAAGACGAAAGUACGGUCAGCGAGCCAUUUGGCGAGAUUUGUCCGCGGGAGAUAUGCGACGGCAUUCAAGACAGACACUACAGCGACAUCCAAGAGCAUGGAAUGGGCGCUCGGUCCAAGGCUAUUAGCCUGGACAACGUCUUCCUAUCUACGUCUCUCUUGUCAGGAUGCUGGCUCAGGGAUGGGAUGUGUUACAGCAACAUCCUUUUCGGGCACAUCAUCAUUGGAUUACAGUUUCCCGAAGCGAAGCAUGAGGGGUACUUUGAUCCCGAAUUCUACGAGGUCCAUGCCAUCGCUUCAUGCAUCAACCUACUCGCCUCGGCGAGGAGGCUACUCGAUAUGCGAGUGGUGACAGAGCCAGAGUUGAGGCAGGGAAUUGAAAGGGUAGCGCCAUUCGUGCUCGAUCCAACUGGAAAAAGAGUUCUGGAGGCAUCCAGGCGACUCGCAAGCGAGGGGUUUCAGACGGCUUACUCGUCUCAGGCUAUCUGCUCCCUACUUGACUGA